AUGGCGCAGACCGUGGUGGGUGCUGCUUUGCUGGGUGCUGCAGGCACCGCUUUCUUGGCCUCUCCAGGAUCUCCAGGGCCUGUGAGCCAAACCGCUCCCAGCCUGCGCGGCACAGCGCCAGGCAACCCUGGCAGUGCGGGCAGUGCUGGUGUGGCCGGCACUGCAGCUCUGGCCAGCUUGGCAGGCGUUGCCAUGGCAGCUGCUGCCGGACGAAGGAGCGGAGCCACCAGCUGCAACGCUGCUGCUGUGAAGAAGAAGGGCGCGAAGGUGGUCCACGGCAAGGAGAUUCCAUGGAACCUGUUCUCCCCCAAGGCACCCUACCAGGGCAAGGUUGUUGAGAACGACUUCCACCCGCAGACUCUGACGGAGCCAACUGGUGAUGCCAACUGGGAGACCACCCAUGUGACCUUCGACCACGGUGGCAAGGUGCCUUACAUCGAGGGGCAGUCCAUUGGUGUUAUCGCGCCUGGCCCUGACAAGAAGGGCGAGCAGCCAGCCAAGAUCCGUUUGUACUCCAUCGCCUCCUCUGCUGUGGGAGAUGAUCAGACCUCCAAGACUGUGUCUUUGUGCGUGAAGCGAGUGGUGGAGUUGGAUGGCAAGUUCAGCAACCGAGCAAAGGGAGAGGACAAGCCUGACAAGGCAGGCACCGCUUUCCCAGACAACGAGGUCUACCGCGGAGUUUGCUCCAACCACAUCUGCGACAUGACACCAGGAGACGAGGUGCUCAUCACAGGCCCCACCGGUGCAGAGAUGUUGUUGCCAGAGGACCCGGAGGCCAACAUCAUUAUGCUUGCCACAGGCACGGGCAUUGCACCCAUGCGUUCCUACUUGAGGUUGCUUUUCCACGACAAGGCCGGUGCUGCCGCCGACGGAGGACGCAAGUUCAAGGGUAUUGCUUGGCUCUUCAUGGGUGUGCCAUAUUCCAAGUCCCUGCUGUAUGACGACGAGCAUCAGACCUACAAGAAGGAGUACCCAGAUCAGUUCCGCUAUGACUACGCCGUGAGCCGUGAGGACAAGAAUGCGGCUGGACAGAAGAUGUACAUCCAGACCAAGAUGGCCGAGUAUGCCGAAGAACUCUGGGAGAUGAUGCAGGACGAAAAGACCCAUGUCUACAUGUGCGGCUUGAAGGGUAUGGAGAGCGGCAUGGCCGAGUGCUUCGGCCCUAUUGCCGAGAAGAACGGCAUCGUUUGGACCGAGUUUGCCAAGGCCAUGAAGAAGGCUGACCGCUACCACGUCGAUCCCAUUCGUCCCCUCCCCGAAGGGCACAGAGAUCAUGGCAGACCCAUUGUCCUACCGGAUCCAGCCUUCCACGCAUGGGCAAGGCUGGACCUGCUGCGGCCUGCGCCAGUGGAGCAUGCUGGACCUAGCAGAUGCGCUUUGCUCCUGAAGUUGGCACGUUGUUUCUUGCGAGCUGAUCCUGCCCACGACUUUUCGAUGGACCCUGCACGGGCAGUGCGGUGCUGUGAGCAGGUGAAGGAGAAUGACCUUCAUGGUGCAUGGAGAGCGGAAACAACAACCCUGAAGGAAGAGGCGAAGAAUCUCCUUCCGCAGACAAAGCCGCUGUGGGAAGAAGGAGAUCGCAGCCACUUGAUCCCAAGCAAUGAGGACCCAUUGCAUGGGACAGCACCUUCCAGGAGCCCAAAGUUACAAAAGAUGCCAGCAUCGGCCAGCAGUGUCCGUCGAGCUGGGGGAAGCGCAUGGCACAAAGAGCGAGCCAAUGAUAAGACGAUCUACUGCUUGGAGCUCAACUCCGUUCAGACGUUCAACAUGCUGGAUACGACCCUGACCGAUGACCUAUUCUUCGCGAUGGAUGCCAUCAAAGAAGACAGAAUGAGACGGACGUAG